AUGAUGCGUUAUACGAGUCGCACGUUGCAGCUUCUAGCUAUGACGACAACCCUCACAAUAACUGCAUCGGUUCAAGUGUCGUCUGCUGGUGCAUCUAUCAACAGCGACCUUCUGACUCGUUGUGAAAGCCUUCCGAAUGACUUGGCAGUGCUAGAAGCACCUUCAAAGGAAGAUUUGCCCAUUGAUGUUGCAACGACGUUGUCUGCGUACUCAGACCUGACCUGGAACGAGCUAAACGACGUUGCAAAGGUAGGACUGCUGUGGGUCCAUGGUUAUGUCUUCUCAGGUGGUUCAACCAACGGGAACAAGGCUGGCAAUGCUCUUCUCGAAGUCUUUACCCGCUGUAUGGAAGGCAUGGCAACAGGCGUGGCAAUGGCGAACAUGGGCGUGUCACACAAAGACUUUACAGGCCCCAAGUGGCAGUGUCAAGCAGCGAGCUGCGGCUUGUCUUACCAGGCGACAAACGCCAAUUGCAUGGCCAAUGUUACGAGUGCAAUACAGUGUGCAGUAAACGGCACAUCUGCAGCCCUGCAAACGGUCCUUAACGCUUCGUUCUGGUCUUCAGCAGCAUCAUCUUCUUCUUCGAACACUAUCCCGUACCCACAGGUUUUCGAGCACAGCAUCUUGAUGAAUGAUCCGACCAAGACGUUGCAGGUCUAUUCGAUCCAUAUGCGCAAUUAUGACGCAAGUCUUUCAUGUAAUAGUAGAGACUCGUUGGAUGCCGUUAUCCCAUGUCUACGUCUAGAGGACGUACCGACAUCCAUUACGAAUACGUCGGGGUUCUGCAAGCCUACAGUCGAUGCUGCUAGAGUGCAAAGUUUCCUUGAAUCAGUUCGUGCGGUUAAGGUCAUCAAGCACUUGGAUGAUGAUAGGGAUGGCAAUCAUGACAUGAAUCGGAAUUUGAAAGUUGGGAUCGGAGUUACUGUACUCCUCGUUUUGCUAGUGCUGGGCGUAUGCCGUUAUCGGAAGAAGUUAAUGCAGACUGCCGGACAGCCGUCUGAGCUUUAUGUGAUGGGAACGACAGAAGAGCAGAGUCAGAUUGGAAGUCCAUCACAAAGUCGAGUCGAACAUGAAGUACGAGUUCUCGGGCGGCAUGGAAAAAAAGUCGAUAGCUGUGCAGAGAAUUCGUUACACUUUAUCAAUAAAGGACAUGUGCAGAUGCACCGAGGCCGAGACUCGUCGUUGAAUACGCUUGGCAACGCAAGUAAUGUUGCAUCAACAGUGUAUGGGUAUCGGUCAUCCAUGGCUGGAACUUGCAUGGGCGCUGGAAUGGGGGGGAAGACUGUGGGCGAUUUCUGCAACGAGUCAAAGGCACUGGCAGACUUUGUGCAGGAUCGUGAUGUCUUGAUGAAACGUAUCGCCUUCGACGAGCUCACGUUUCUGCGUAUCCUAUCGAAAGGAGCUUACGGUGAAGUGUGGCUAGGUCAACUUGAGACGCGGUAUGUGGCGAUCAAGCGCUUAUUGCCGGAGAAAUGUCAGCUGACAGCCAGUCUGGAACAAUUUGCCGGAGAGAUUAAGCUCAUGGGUUUACUGCAGCACCGGAACAUUGUUUCGUUCAUCGGCGUAUGCUGGAAUUGGCUACAGACCAUGUGCGCCGUAGUGGAGUACAUGGAUGCAGGUGACUUGGAUGAGGUCCUCAAGAGAAAGCGAGAGCAGUUCUCGUGGCAGCAUGAGAAGAUCUCGAUUGCUAUGGACAUUACAGAGGGGUUGGUAUAUUUACACUGCUUGAGGCCCGUGAUUGUGCACCGCGACCUCAAGCCCAAGAAUGUACUGCUAAACCGCGACUUCCAAGCGAAAUUGAGCGACUUUGGUGUCAGUCGCAAGACGCGUGUCAACGAGACGAUGACAUCGGGUGUAGGGACACUACUAUGGACGGCACCGGAGAUCAUCGCAGGCAAGAAGUAUUCGGAAAAGGCAGAUAUCUACUCGUUGGGAGUGUUGCUAUCGGAGAUGGACACCUGCGAGCCACCGUUCUCAGACGUGACGACUGACAAAGGUGAGCGAUUACCUGGCAUGCAGCUAGCUCAGCUUGUACGGCUCGGUAAAAUCCGUGUAACACUGCGCACGGACUGCCCGCCCAAACUUUGCAAGUUGGUAAUGGAUUGCACACAGCUGGACCCAGAUGCUCGUCCCAGCUCGAUGCAGGUGGCGUUUACACUCAAGAGUAUAAUUGCUCCAACGCUGCGACUGAAUACAUCAGCAGCCACGACAGCUUCAAGUAUGUGCCCAUCCGGCGAAAGUCAGGAUCAGGCAAGUCAAGCUGUUGAACGCCCGCCGCUGAUGAAUUCACACUAA